CUAUACAUAAUAGACACAUGCAUAAACUCUUCUUCUUCUUCUUCUGUUACUUUAUCUCUUUUCUUCCUUCGAUUAUAUCGUUACGAUAAACGUACGAGAGAGAGAGAUAAAGUCCGAUAUUAACAAGAAUCAACUAUAAACAAUUUAAAAAAGAAAAUUGAUCUAAGUUAAUCUGUGAAUUUAUUUAAUGAAUCUUUAUAAUUGGUGAUGACAAUCGUAUAUUAAAGAGAGAAACAGAUACGAUUUUCUUUCGUCGAAGUUUUUUUAUUGUGAUAUACGUGACUUCUUUUUUUUCUUUCUCACUUUCUUUCUAUCUCUAUCCCUUUCUUACUUUUUUUUUCCUUUCUUUUCUUUUUAUCUAAUCGAAUUAAUCGGUAAUUCUUCGUUAAUAAGAUGUUAAUACCGUUGAUCAUAUUCAUCGGCACGAUCAUUGGAUCGAGCAUUUCUAUCGCCGAGGAUUGCAAAGGUUGCGUCCCUUUGGAUUCUUAUUCCUUCGACAAGGUGAUAGCAAAAUUUAAGGCGUCAGUUGUUAAAUUUGAUGUAGCAUUUCCAUAUGGAGAAAAACAUUUACAAUUUGGAAAGAUAGCAGCAUCUACUAAAGAGUCUCAAGAUCUUUUAGUUGCUGAAGUUGGCGUUAAAGAUUUUGGCAAUAAAGAUAACGCAGACUUGGCCAAACGUUAUAACAUAAAGAAAGAAGAUUUUCCAAUUGUAUUAUUAUUUUUACAAGGAAAAACAGAACCAAUUAGAUUUAUUGCAGAAAAGGAUGAUGAUUUUACUGCAGACAAUAUCAAACGAUUUGUUAAAUCAAAGUCAGGCGUUUAUCUUGGAUUACCUGGUUGUGUAGAGCAAUUGGAUAGACUUGCUGAGGAAUUUAAAAUCAGUGUAGAAAAUGAUAGAGAGGAAAUAUUACGCAAAGCUAAAGUCUUCGAGGAAAUAUUACCAGAAACUCAACGUACAGCUGCAAAGGUGUACGUUAAAACUAUGGAAAGAAUAUUGGAACGAGGAGAUAUAUUUGUUCAAACAGAACAAACACGACUUGAAGGCCUCCUAAAAGGAAAAUUAUCAGAUGAGAAAAAACGUACAAUGGAAGAAAGGAGAAACAUUUUACAAUCAUUUACGCACAGGGAUGAGCUAUGAAAAAAUUUUGUACACAAUAUAAAUCUCAAAGAUAUAAAAAAAAUAUUCAAAUAUUAAAA